UUAAAAACAUCGAUGAAUCGAUAUUUCCAUCGAUGUUUCUCCAGAUCUAUUUGAAAACAUUGAUGCAUCGUGUGCAUUUUUAAUUCGAUGCUAAAUUAAGUUAUUUUCUGGGUUAUUACUAUUGGGUUCCAUGAUGAUGAUUCCUGCAAUAGUUCCUCUCCGCCAUUUUCUUUGUACGCAAAACGGAUGGCGGUAUCUUAAACUAAUUCAUAGAGAAGGAAUUAGAAAGAGUCAUGUAGUUUCAUACCGAGUUGUUCCAGCCAAACAGUCGAAAAUUACUACAGUGGGUGCCGAAGUUGUGGGAGCAGCAAUGUGGUGGUGGAUAUUGUGGCAUUUGUGGCAUGAGCAUGAACAUAUCACGGGAGAAUUUCCAUACCCUUCUAGUUCUGCUUGGACGAAUGCUGAAUUGGGAAUUCCGGCUUUGAAGGAAUAUUAGUCUUAUAUAAAAAAAUUUGGAAAUCAUUUUUUUUUUGUUAUCAUUAUUAGGGUGGUGAGCAUGCACCUGAAAUAAAGUUGACUAUAUCAAUUAAAA